AUGGAAGACAGUGCAGCGAAGAUCAUCGGUUGCCAUGACAGUCUGUUGACCGACCCCAGGAUCGCGCAGGAUUUUAGCGCAGAGACGGACGACCUAUUGACCGAGGCGGAGAACCUCUUCAAGAUUGGCGAUGGAGAGUUGGCCAUGGAAAAGCUCAUCGCCAUGGAGAAAAAGUGCAGACAGGCAUAUGACGGAAGCUCAACAAGCAAAAUUGUACAAUUCAUCCUGAACAAGUAUAAGCUAGCGGGAGAUUACAAAAAGAUCAAUGAGUAUUUAGUGUUCUUUAAUAAAAAGAGAGGACAAUUGAAAAAAACCAUCAUCGACAUGAUCAAUCUCUGUAAGUUAUGGAUCCCCCAAGUGGAGAGUAAAGAGGAUAAAUUGAAUUUAAUUAACACCCUAUGCACAAUUAGCGAGGGUAAAAUUUUUGUGGAGGUAGAAAGGUCAGAAAUUGUAAGGGUACUUUCCAAGAUAAAGGAGGACGAUGGAAACAUAGAAGAAGCAGCCAAUAUCCUACAGGAGGUACAAGUGGAAACAUUUAUAUCGAUGGAUAAAAGGAACAAGACAGAAUACAUCCUGGAACAAAUGAGGUUGGUGUUGCUAAGGAAAGAUUUUAUCCGGUGCCAUGUAAUCAGUCGUAAGAUAAACCCCGCCCUGUUAAAAGCUCCCGAAUUUGCAGAUCUAAAAUUAAAGUACUUUAUGUACAUGAUAGAGUACCAUAUUAAUGAGGAGGCCUACUGUGAGGUAGCCAAAUGUUACGAGGAACGAUUCAACACAGAGCAUGUUUUGGCAGAUCCAAAUCUCUGGGUAGAAGAGUUAAAAUGCUACAUUAUCUUUUUAGCUCUCUCGCCAUUCGAAGAUCAGCAGACAAAAUUACCUAAUCUACUAAAAACGGAGAAAAAAAAAUUAAAAGAAAUACCAGUCUUCCAAAAUAUCGUCGAGGAUUUUAUCAACAUGGAUUUGAUCCAGUGGCCCCUUCCUUACCAAGACGAACUUCUCAACUUUUACAUUUUCAAUGACAGCAAAUUUGUUGGUGGACAAAACAGAUGGAAUCUCUUUAAGAAGAAGGUUAUGCACCACAACAUCCACGUUAUAUCCAACUGCUACUGCCAGAUAUCACUCCUUCGCCUGUCUCAACUCCUGAACGCAUCUGUGGACGAUUCGGAAAGCUUCCUGUCCGAAUUGGUCUCCAACAAAAUAUUGAAUGCCAAGAUAGACAGACUGCACGGAAUCAUCAAGUUCGGUCAGAAGAAAACCCCCGAAGUGUUGCUCAACAAUUGGUCAUCCCAGAUUCAUCAAAUUCUUAACCUCCUGGAGGAGUCUUCCCAUCUCAUACAGAAGGAACGCAUGCUCCACGAGGCCAAGCUUAAACGUAUGCAAUUGGAGAGUAAAAAUAUGUCUCUCUAG